GACUGGUGCCUCUCAGCCUGAAGCUCGACAGAUUGGUGCCUGUAGCCCCACCUUUGGUUCCCCUUUCCUCCCUCCCCUUUUUCUUUCUGGAGGCCUUUUUCCUGCUUUUUCUACUGUAGUUUUCUCCUCUCAGUCCUUCGGAGUCAGACUUGGCUUUUGAGAAGUGGGAAGAAUAUAUCUACCUGGAACGGUUAGAACUGUUGUUUGGGGGCCCAGGUGUGGAGGUUCUUCAGGGGAAUUGUGUGCACGUGGAAUGCGGAGCUAAGGAAAUUAGGUUUUAGUUAUGCAAUAUAGUAUACGUACCGUGUAAGGUUGACUUUUUCUUUUGGCUCAAAUAGCGUUUCUUUCUUUUAGGUAGCAAUAUACAUAGCCUUUUCUUAUAAAAGUUUUCCUCAAGUUCACGGUUUUUAAGAGCUUUCUAAAGACUUUUCAUCAGAAAACGAAAGUAAUGUAAUUGGCUUCCUUCUUGCAAGAAAUUUCUCUCACUUUGUAUGCAGUGCCUGUUGUAGAAUCAUUUCUGUAAAAAUUUAGUCGCUCCAGAUUAAAAAAAAAAUCUCUUUAAGAGCUUUACUAGUAAUGUUUUUUUGAAACUUAACCGGCAUUAUUAAACAACAAAGAGUCAGAUACUCCUAAGUUUGCUUUCUAAGCUGAGUCUGAUGAAUCGGAGGAGUAAAAAAUGUGGCACCUGUUGAACGGAACUUUAAAAACAAACUUUCUUUUUAUUGGAGGUAGAGGUAUGAGUAAUAUCUCUGAAUUAUACUUUAUUCAACCCUCUAUUUUUCAAAAAAUAGGUAGUCAAAAGAAAAGAGACUUGUGAAAGGUAGUACUUGGGCAUGUGAGGUAACUAAUUCUCCAACUAAAAAGAAACUGCUACAUUUUUGGGGGGGUGGGUAAGUCACGAAGGGCAUGGUUGCCAUGAACAGUCACUUCCUCUCCAUGUUGUUUGCAAGGGGAAUCUAUUCACUUAUAUGUGAUGCGUUUCUGGCAUAGCCUGGAAGAAUCAAAGCAUAAGUUCUUCACCCUCAGAGAAAAAUACUUUGUCUAUUCCUCAAGUUCUUCUUUUCCAUAUUCCUUCUACCUUGUUUCCUUACAACAUCCUAUUUCGUGACUAUAUUUGCAUACUCAAAGACUAAUAUAUGAAUCUUUGUUGUGUACCUAUCCACUGCAAUCUGAGAUCUAAACUGCAUCAGAAUCACCAAGGGAGUUUUUUCUAAAUAAUCCUGGUGAGACCUAUCCUCAUCCCCUCCUCCAGAGUAUAGCAGAAUGGUCAGUGGACUGUGUAGUUUAAAAAAACGUUCCCAGAUGUUUUUGAUAUUUAAACUAUGCUAAAUGACUAAGGGCCAUGAAUUUAAGACAUUACUCUGUAAGGAAUUUUGAUAAUUGAGAGGUUAAUACAUAGGAUCUUUACCUACAAGAAGUUUAGUGAGGGAAACAAGUAAACACUAAAUGCAGUGUAAGUUUUCAAAGGGUGUAAUAAGAGAUAAGAUCUAAUUGCUGAGAAAUCCCAGCAAAGUUAGUGGUGUUAGUUAGCAGCAUUAACAAAGAUAUCAGAAAAUAGGACAUGUAGGUAGGUUUAUGAUAGAAAAGAACAAAUGACUUUGAAGGAAAAAAAAUGAACAGUGGCACGGAGAUGUGACAGUAGGUCAUGUACAGAGCAGAGUGAGGAAGGAGAGAUAGGUGAGGUUGAAGGAACAAAAAUGAAACUGGAAAGUAUGGAAACUUCAUUGAUAACCUAAGACUCUUCACCAGGGGAGGAAGUGGUGGAAUGGGUUACCCUCGUUUAGGUGGAGAAGGUGGAAAAGGUGGUGACGUCUGGGUUGUAGCCCAUAAGAAAAUGACUUUAAAACAACUUAAAGACAAAUAUCCUCAGAAACGGUUUGUGGCUGGAGAAGGAGCAAAUAGUCGUGUUAAUGCACUGAAAGGCUCCAGAGGAAAAGACUGUGAAAUUCCUGUACCUGUGGGUAUUUCAGUAACUGAUGAAAAUGGUAAAAUUAUAGGAGAACUCAAUAAAGAGAAGGACAGAAUUUUGGUAGCUGAAGGAGGUCUUGGUGGUAAAUUACUUACAAAUUUCUUACCAUUGAAAGGCCAGAAACGAGUCAUUCACCUUGAUCUAAAACUUAUAGCUGAUAUAGGCCUAGUAGGAUUCCCAAAUGCAGGAAAAUCCUCUUUGCUAAGUCAGGUUUCUCAUGCAAAACCUGCAAUUGCAGAUUAUGCAUUUACAACAUUGCAGCCUGAACUUGGAAAGAUUGUGUAUAAUGAUUUCAGACAGAUAUCAGUAGCUGAUCUUCCUGGUUUAAUAGAAGGAGCGCAUAUGAACAAAGGAAUGGGCCACAAAUUCCUCAAGCAUAUAGAAAGAACUAGACAACUACUUUUUGUUGUCGAUAUUUCUGGAUUUCAGCUUUCUUCCCAAACUCAAUACAGAACUGCCUUUGAAACCAUAAUACUUCUUACAAAAGAGUUGGAGUUGUACAAAGAGGAACUUCAGACAAAACCUGCACUCCUGGCAGUUAAUAAAAUGGACUUGCCAGGUGCCCAAGAUAUGUUCCAUGUACUGAUGAAUCAACUCCAGAAUCCUAAAGAUUUUUUGCAUUUAUUUAAGAAAAACAUGAUUCCAGAGAGGACUGUGGAGUUCCAACACAUCAUCCCCAUCUCUGCAAUUACGGGAGAAGGAAUUGAAGAAUUAAAGAACUAUAUAAGAAAAUCUCUGGAUGAACAUGCCAACCAGGAAAAUGGUGCAUAUCAUAAGAAACAGUUGCUUAAUUUACAGAUUUCUAAUACAAUAUCUUAUAAUGAGCCACCACCAAAGAAUGGUGUUACUAGUCCCAGAUAGAUGUAAUUUAAAUCUAUUAAAAAUGAUAUCAAGGGGCCCCUGUGUGGCUCAUUCGGUUAAGUGUCUGACUCUUGGUUUAGGCUCAGAUCGUGAUCUUGUGGUUUGUGAGAUUGAGCUCCGUGUCAGGUUCUGCACUGACAGCAUGGAGCCUACUUGGGAUUCUCUCUCUCAUUCUCUCUGUUUCUCCCUUGCUCACAUGCAUGCAUGCACACACACACACUCUCUCAAAAAAAUAAAUAAGUAAAAUAAAUAAAUAAGAUAUAGAAAUUGUGUUCAUUUCACAGACCUGUUUUUUUAGGUUAGUUAUUAUUAACCUUCUGAUAUAUAUGCCAUCAUUCAAGAACCAUACUUUCUUGUUUUGUAGUUAAGUGCAUUGAUAGUAAAAAAGUAACUUAAAGCUAAAAAUGACAAUUUGUAAUUUUAUGGCCAAUUCACCUAAAACAAAAUCCUGAUAUUCCUGUAUUAUGAUGUCUCUAGUGAGGUCAUUUAUUUAUAUAUAUAUAUAAAGAGAGAGAGAGAGAGAGAGAAAUUUUUUUAUCCGAGGAUAUUAUUAGAAUGAGCAACUAGGUUUUGUUUUUGAGUCUGUCUUGUACCUGAUUCUACUAAAUAUGUGAUAGUUCGUUUAAUUGGAAAACCUCAGAACCCUAAAUUUCAACUUAUGUUCAGUUGUAGUGAAGAUCACUGAUAAUAUUUAACAGAAACUAGCAGGUAGAUGUUUGUAAUUUCACCUUUUAGACAUUUUUCUUUCUUAAGUGUAAGUAUUUUUUCCUGCUUUGGAUCAGACUGGAGUAUCUCAUUUUGUUGUGCCCAUAUCUGUUUUGUUGUCUAUUCUCAUAUUUUAGUAAAGAGAAGUAAUAAGAAGUGUAAACUUUAAACAGUAUUAUCAAUCAUCAAUAUAUUCUAAAGAGAUUAAAAUUUCUAAAUUUCUGUUGUA